AUGACUGUUGAUGAACAAUGGAAGAUGUUACCAAUACAUCCACCCAGGGCAGGAAACACAGCAAUGGAACCACGAUCCAACUCUAACCGUGACAAGUCCAUCGCCAAACAUGAUCUGCCGCAAUUCUUCCUCUUGAUUGCUCUCUACUUCGUGCAGGGAGUCCCCGUUGGGUUGGCCUUCGGCACCAUCCCAUUCCUUCUGAAGUCAAUGGCAAAGGAAACUUCAUUUGCCUCAUUGGGGGUAUUCUCCAUUGCUACUUACCCCUAUUCAUUGAAGAUUCUUUGGUCUCCGAUCGUGGAUUCAUUCUACAGCAAGAAGAUCGGUAGACGAAGAUCUUGGAUCAUCCCGAUCCAAUUGACGAGUGGGAUAAUGUUAUACACACUUGGGCUCUGUAUCUCCAAGGGGUACAUCUUUCAAGGUGUCGAUGCUGCAUUCCAUAGUGGGGAAUCCUCAGAGAAGAUCCAUAACGUUAAUAUCCUCACUUUGGCAUGGUACUUCGGGUCGUUGGUGUUCCUCUGUGCCACCCAGGAUAUCGCUGUAGAUGGUUGGGCGUUGACAAUCCUGUCAACUCAAUCCUUGUCCUAUGCAUCUACUGCACAGACUGUAGGGUUGAAUAUGGGGUAUUUCUUGUCAUUUACCGUGUUUUUAUCGUUGAAUUCAAAUGAAUUUAUUAAUAAAUAUUUUAGAAAGAUACCACAAAAUUAUGGUUGGGUUAGUCUAGGUGGAUACAUGAAAUUUUCAGGAUUGGUGUAUAUCCUGGUAACCAUCUAUGUGGUGUUUGCAACUAGAGAGAAUCCCUUUAACAGUAAUAGAAAUAUCUUACCUUCCUUCGAUAAGGAGCAUGAAAAGAAGCAAGAAAUGAUCAUUGUGGAGCAUGGUGGUGGUGGCGAUGAUGAUUAUGAUAAUGAUAAGACAAGAAAUAUAAUGUAUAUUUAUCGUUGUUUCAUCAAAGUGUUACAAUUGAAAACGGUAAGAACGUUAGCAUUUAUUCAUUUGAUUUCUAAGAUUGCAUUCCAAUGUAAUGAAGGUGCCACGAACUUGAAAUUAUUGGAAAAGGGUUUCAAAAGGGAAGAUUUGGCAGUGACUGUAUUGAUCGACGUGCCAUUUGAAAUUAUUUUCGGUUACUACGUAGCCAAGUGGAGUUCUGAUUCCGAAAUGGGAAGAAUGGAAACAUCAAAUCGAUACCCGAACGGUAUGAGAAGGAGUUCCUCCGCAACAAGAUCAAAUAAACUCAUCAGAGCCCUAGUGGGUGACGCCGGAGUACUGACCCCUUGGCUCUGGGGGUUUCUAGGUAGAUUAUUAUCCGCCACAUUGGGUAGUUAUGUGGUUCAUCAAUUUCCGCAGGAUGGACAAAUGACAAGAGGUUAUUUCCUCCUUGUAAUAAUACAACAUUUAUUGGGGUCAUUUAUGGCAACGGUACAAUUUGUUGGUAUAUCUUCAUUCCAUACAAGGAUUGCAGAUCCAAUUCUCGGUGGAACAUACAUGACUUUAUUAAACACUCUAAGUAAUUUUGGUGGUACAUGGCCAAGGAUAUUUGUCAUGUGGUUAAUUAAUUAUCUUACCAUUUAUGAAUGUAAGACUCCCGAUACUGAAAAGAAUAUCAUAUUUAGUGGGGGAAACAUGGAUGUUUGUACUAAGGGCUUAAAUGGGGAAGUAAUAAUAUUGAGAGAUGGUUAUUAUUUGACAAAUGCCAUUUGUGUUUCCAUUGGACUUUGUCUUUAUGUAUUUUAUUUGAAAAAGAAGGCUCACCAAUUACAAAGUCUACCUGUGACUGCCUGGAGAUGUAAAUAG